UUUCCUUCUAUCCGCACCUGCGGCCCUUCUCCCCACCCUCCAGCCACUGAGCGGCGAUCCCUGGGGCCAAGUAACAGGGGGCUGCAGCCUGGGGCCCUCCUGGCUGUCCCUCUGCCCUACCCCUGGGGCCUAGCGGGUAGGGUCAUAUGCCUCUGCGGGCAUAGCUGAGGCCAGAACGGGGGGAGGGGUGGAGGGAGGGGAAGCAUGUAGACCCAGGGGUCCCUUUGGAGCCCUCCAGAGACCAGCCCUCCGGCCUCCCUCAUCCUCACCCCAGGGGCCACCCGGAAACCCAAACACUGCCCAGCUGUGAGCUGGAGCCCCUAGCGCUGGAAAGACAGACACGCAGGGCGAGUACUCUAGAAGCUGAGUAAGCACACUCCUGCCGCUGCCCUUAGGAGACCUCGUCUACUCCCUGAUGCCCUCCUGAGCCACUGGGUGUCCGAGCUGGGUCACACUGUCUGGCUGGCCUGCCCCACAGCCCCUUCAGGAGGCCUUCCCAGGUGCUGCCUGUUGCCGUAGCCGAUCCGGCAUUGGCCGGCCAAGGCUUAGCAGUUCGGCACAAGAGUCCCAGUGGGCCUGGGCUUGGGUAGAACCUCCAUAAACGACCCUAUCUGGUUCCUGAGGCCAGGAGGGAGCCGUGGAAUGAAAGGGCUGACCCUGUGUGAUCCAGCCUCGUAGGGAUGUCACCUUUGAAUCCUGGUGUCCUCAUCUGUAGAAUGGGCUCCUCGGGGAGCAAUAGGGUCCCGGCACGUCCUCAUGGGUGAUCCCCUGAGUUUUUGACCUUCCCUAUCUUGGCCUUCCUGGUGGUGGAGUUCACUCUAGGGCUCCUCCUAGUCCUCCUGUCCAAACUUAAACUGCAUUUGUACAUGACCAGAAACGUCACUGCUUUCUUAUUCUGUUGUCUGUUGGGUCUCUUAGCCUCCGAGGACAAAAUAUCCUAGGGUUUCAGGGUGGCGAUGUCUCAUCCGACAGAAAAGGACAUGCCAAAAAGCAGGGCCUGCACCUCUCCUGCCAACCCCGGGGUCUUUCCCAGAGUAGGGGUGGAGCUUUCCUAUUCAACUCGGGGCUCCUUCAGGGCAGUGGCUAUGCCUUCCCAUCACCUUGUGAAUUUCUCAGAGGCAGGGAAUUUCCUCUGUGAAAUUGUGACCUUAUAACCAACCUCUCCUGUAAGACCGGAGGCUCCAGCAGCACAAGGCUAUGCCUCUGACAGGUCAUCUGUGGCCUGGAUGAUGGCCCUCCUGGCUCAGAGGACCCUGAGCGCGAUGACCAUGAGAGCCAGCCCCGGCCUCGGAUGCCUCGGAAGCGGGGCCACAUCUCACCUAAGUCCCGUCCCAUGGCCAACUCCACUCUGCUAGGGCUGCUGGCUCCACCUGGGGAGGCAUGGGGCGUCCUUGGGCAGCCCCCCAACCGCCCAAACCACAGCCCCCCUCCUUCGGCCAAGGUGAAGAAAAUCUUCGGCUGGGGUGACUUCUACUCCAACAUCAAGACCGUGGCCCUGAACCUGCUCGUCACGGGGAAGAUCGUGGACCACGGCAACGGGACCUUCAGCGUCCACUUCCGACACAAUGCCACCGGCCAAGGCAACAUCUCCAUUAGCCUCGUGCCCCCCAGUAAAGCUGUAGAAUUUCACCAGGAGCAACAGAUCUUCAUCGAAGCCAAGGCCUCCAAAAUCUUCAACUGCCGAAUGGAGUGGGAGAAGGUGGAACGGGGCCGCCGGACCUCGCUCUGCACCCACGACCCAGCCAAGACCUGCUCCCGAGACCACGCUCAGAGCUCCGCCACCUGGAGCUGUUCCCAGCCCUUCAAAGUCGUCUGUGUCUACAUCGCCUUCUAUAGCACAGACUACAGGCUGGUCCAGAAGGUGUGCCCGGAUUACAACUACCACAGCGAUACUCCCUAUUACCCCUCGGGGUGACCCUGAGCAGGCCGCAAAGGCCAGGCCGGGGCUGGAAGGACAGGCCUGCCCAUGGAGGAGGCCAUCUGGCUGGAUACUGGGCAGGGAAGGGAAGGGACCUCAGGCAGGGGCGGGGGGUGGAGAGGAAGAGAUACCGAGUGGGGCCAGGGCCAAGUCUCCAGUGGUGGCGGGGAAGGGGUCCCAAGCACUGGCGCAGCUUGUGGUUGUGGAGCGACUGGGACAUGGGAGCACUGGAGGAGGAGCGGGUUCUCUGGGCAGCCCCGCGGGGCUUCCCCACUGCACAGCAAGAAAAUGCUGGGUCCGGGAGGCUUCUGGGGAAGGCAGACCAGUGUGGCCCCAGUAUAGGGCUGGAGAGGAGCCCAAAGCCUGGGCUCCCUCCUCGCUGUCCUGAGGAAGAACAGCAACAAGGAGGGGGCAUUUCAUCAGCGUGGACACAAGUAGGCCACAAAGGACGGAAGAGAUGGGGCAGCCUGCGAGCCAGCUCUGGGAGGGGAGAGGGGUGGGGAGGCAGGAGGAACUCUCGUGCCCCACGGAGGGGACCCCCCAGCCCGGUAAACCCAUGUCCUGGACUAUGGACUGAACUUGGCUUGAGGCUCAAGUGGUGACCCUUGAAGUCUUUCUGAUGUCUUGACAAGUAGACCCUCUGUUCCCAGCCAGGCCAUCCCUUUCCCAAAUUCCCUCUCCUGCCACAGCCGUGUCCUCCCUCACUCCCGCCGCGCCUUGUGCUGACGGGACACCCAUCCUUAAGCUGAGACAGAGGGUGAUCAUGGUUCUCCCAACACCAAGGCCACAGAUGGAAGCCCGCCCUUGCCCUGUGUCCCUCUGCCACCCCACCCCCUGCCGGCUCCUCUGGGAGUGUCCUUGUCCAGCCCGCCGGCCUGGGGCUCCCCUGGAUCGGGUCGGCACCUCCCCCUCUCAGCCCGUGGGUCUGGGGGGCGCCAGACUGUCAAGGGCGUGCUGGACCUGUUCCAUGGUGUCUGUCUGUGGGUUGGGGAGGGGCGGACGGGGUGUGGAAUCACCUGAUUGUCAAUUUCUGUGUGCCGAGUCUUGUUCUGGAGCCAGGAAUAAAGCUUU